AAAGCUUAGCUUUGUUGAACUUAGAUUACAAGAGUUUUUUAUGUGAAUUUUAUGUGAUUUGGUGAGACCAUAAUUUCGUGCACAGAGAGUGUUAUUAUAUGUUGAGCACGUGUUAUCACGCGCCUACCUUAUAUUGGUUAAACCGUUGUAGGAGUUGGAAGCGCAAGCUUUGUUGCUCGAUUUCAAUGGCCGCCGCGUCUUCUUCUUCUUCUUCUUCUGUUCGAAUUGUUGUUGUCGGUGAUGUGCAUGACUGCUGGAACUUUCAACAAGAUUCCAAAGCACUUCAAUUCCUCCAGCCAGACUUGGUGCUCUUUACAGGUGAUUUUGGCGAGGAAAAUCUUGAAAUCGUUCGCAGUGUUGCAAAUAUUGAAUUUGCUAAAGCAGUUAUAUUAGGAAAUCAUGAUUCCUGGUUUACUAAGCGGUUUUCUGACAGUGAGAAGGAUAGAGUUCAGCUACAGCUAGAAUGCCUUGGCAAGGAGCAUGUGGCUUAUCAACGUUUAGAUUUACCUCUAAUAAAAGUAAGUGUCGUUGGUGGGCGGCCAUUUUCAUGUGGGGGUAAACCAUUAUUUCGAAAAAAGCUGCUGUUUGCAAGAUAUGGAGUUAAAGACAUGGAUCAGAGUGCCAAGAGAAUCCAGAAAGCUGCUAUUGGUACACCAGAGGAUCAUUUUCUGAUAUUACUUGCACAUAAUGGACCCACAGGCCUUGGUUCUGGUUCGAAUGAUAUAUGUGGAAAAGAUUGGGAAUUGGAUGGUGAUGGUGAUCAUGGUGACCCAGAUCUAGCAUACGCAAUAUCCUUGCUAAAAGAGAAUAAUCAGGUAUCUAUUCCUUUGGUUGUGUUCGGCCACAUGCACAAAGAGCUCGCACAUGCCAAGGGUUUUAGGAAAAUGAUUGUCAUUGGGGACGACAACGUCAUAUACUUGAAUGGGGCCAUUGUUCCUAGGGUCAAAAGUUUGAGCGACGAGGACAAGAGAAGCUUAAAGGUUGAAAGUCCUAUGUCCUCACUAGUGGCAGAAGGUACAGCAAGAGCCUUUACUUUAGUUGAGCUCUCAGAAGGAAGAGUUACCAGAGUUGCAGAAAGUUGGGUAUCUGUUAUUGAAGAUAGGACCACAUUAAAAGAAGAACAUAUAUUAUUCGAAGACAAUUAAGAAUCAAGAUCCUCAUCUUCUAAGUUGUCGUUUUUACUUACGGGACAUGGUAUUUAAUGCUUAGAUGAAAACAGUACGAGGUGACAUAUGCUUUGAUAUUAAUUCCUUAUAUAAAUGAAUAUAUUGUAGCUAAUGUUAAUAUAUGGUAAUAGACAUCAUAACAUCGGCUUUGAUACCAAUUCCUUAUCUAAGAUUUUGGUAGUAAUUCAUA